AUGGCUGCAGUGGGUGAAAACGAGAUGAUGUGGGAACCAAGUGCAGUGGACGCACCCAAGGAAGGGUCGAUGGGGGGACGAGAAUCUCCAGGGAUGCGGGAAGCGGAGGGACGUGGAAUCUGCACCGGGGCUGAAUGUGCGAAGGAUGGAGUUGUCGGAGAGGAUGGCUGCUCUGCGGAAGCUAAGGGCAAAGAAUCGAGGCUUGCCAAGUUUGAUGCGAGAUCCAAGUUAGAAGAUUGCGCAGGGGGAGCGGCGGUGACGUUGAUGAUUGGAUUGAACCUCGAGGAUAUGAUGAGAUGCUGAGAGGCUUGAGGCGGGGGUGUUGCGGCGGAUGAGGAGCGAGAUUGUUUGAGCUUGAACAUGGCCGGUGCAUAACCGGUGGGAGGAGCAAACGCGGAUGGCGAGGUGGGCUUGCCGAUAUUGGGGCAGAAGACUGAGGGAGAGCCUGCAAUCGGGACUGGCAUGCUUUGUGUAGGAGGAUUUCUAUCAUAGAAGGGCACACUCUCCAAAAGUCGAGACAGUCCAUUUGCCUGAUAUCAGGCGUCAUAGCAGGCUGUGUAGUACACUCUUUUGGACCAGCAACCCGCGUGCGACCACAUCUCGUUUAAUUUCGAAACGUAACCGUGGGUUUCGUGCCUAUUCUGGACAUCUUUGUAUGUCUUAAGUUAGAGUUAGUGAGCUAGUUAGUUGUCGGCGAAUUCAGGAACCAUGGAUACAUCGUUACUUUCGUCUG